AUGCCUUACCCGGAGACCGCAACUGGAUUUGUUGUCAAGGAUCCCAAGAAGUGGCAAUCUUUCCACAAGGAAGAAUUCAAGCUCAAGACAUUCAAGGAGGAUGAUGUCGACAUUGCCAUCGACGCAUGUGGUGUUUGUGGUUCCGACGUCCACUCUAUCACUGGUGGCUGGGGUGAAACUCCCCUUCCUCUCUGUGUCGGACACGAAAUCAUCGGCCGUGCAGUCAAGGUCGGUAGCAAGGUGAAGGACAUCAAGGUCGGCGACCGUGUCGGUGUCGGCGCUCAAGUCGGUGCAGACUUGACUUGCGACAACUGCAAGGCUGACCAGGAGAACUACUGCCCCAACCAGGUUGACACUUACGGUGCCAAGUUCGACGAUGGUGUUGUCUCCCAAGGUGGAUUCUCUUCCCACAUCAGAGUCCAGGAGUACUUUGUGUUCAAGAUUCCCGAGAACCUCGAUACUGCCAUCGCAGCCCCAAUGCUGUGUGCUGGUUUGACGACCUAUUCACCACUCGUUCGUCUGGGCUGUGGUCCUGGCAAGAAGGUCGGCAUUGUCGGAAUUGGAGGUCUCGGUCACUUCGCAUUGAUGUGGGCACAUGCAUUGGGUGCAGAGGUCUUCGCCAUCUCCCACACCAAGGACAAGGAGGAGGACUCAAAGAAGCUCGGUGCCGACCACUUCAUCUACUCUGGAGACAAGGACUGGGCCAAGCCAUACGCCUUCAAGUUCGACUUCAUCUUGAACUGCUCUGACAUGACCCAAGAGUUUGAGAUGUCCACUUACCUGGGUACCCUCAAGGUCAUGGGCCGCUUCCACAACGUCGGUCUUCCCGACUACGAUCUCCCAGCCAUGAAGGCUCAAGACUUUGCACCCAAUGGAUCAUACAUCGGCGCCAGUCAUAUUGGCAAUCACCCUGAAAUGGUUGCCAUGCUUGAGCUUGCCUCCAAGCAAAACAUCAAGUCGUGGAUCGAAACAAUUCCCAUUUCUGCAGAAGGCUGUGCAAAGGCAGUCACUGGUGUGAAGGAGAACAAGGUUCGUUACCGCUACACUCUUACUGGAUUUGAUGAGGCCUUUGGCAAGCGCUACUAGUCGUGCUUUCUGCCGACCGUAAUAUUUUGGAAGAUCUUGGAUGAUAUUGGAUGUAGUGUGGUAUAAUCUUGGAUGAUAAUAAAACGCAUAAUACCGUAAUGGAUGAUGCCUUUUUCUUGUCUUUC